AUGCUGCACCGGACCCUUCGCCUACUGCUGGCACGUGGAGUAGCUGCUGCGGCGCUCUCCCGAAGGCCCACGCCAAUAUCUGUAGCAAAUGGAUCUGACUCGACUUUGAGCUCGUCAGUCGAAUUGGCCCACCCGCACCCAACCCGCUGGGCCGUAAGCCCCGAGCAGCAAAGACUGCCGGAAGUGCAGUCGACUCCACAGAUACAAUUUAGAUCGUCUUUAAUUAGUCUGCAAGCAGCUUCGAAUGCUGGAUGCGGUCCUCUCGGGAGUCGCCCUUUUGCUGCAAUCGUGUCUGUCCCCAUACUAUACACCAAAUGUCGGCAUUGA